UGGCGUGACGUCAUCAGAUUGCGCCGAUCAACUGAAACGUGCGUCGCGUUGCGACGAAUCUGAUAAAUUAAAAAACCAACAAUAAAUCAUCUUUAGAUCAAAUCUACAGCAAGUGAAUCAUUUGAGACAAUAUGGAUGACGAAGAGGAAACCUACAGGCUUUGGAAGAUUCGUAAAACCAUCAUGCAGCUGUGCCAUGACAGAGGUUACCUGGUGACACAGGACGAGCUGGACCAGACCCUGGAUGAGUUCAAGAGUCAGUUUGGAGACAAGCCCAGCGAGGGUCGCCCCAGACGCACGGACCUCACUGUGCUGGUGGCGCACAACGACGACCCCACCGACCAGAUGUUUAUUUUCUUUCCUGAGGAGCCAAAGGUGGGAAUCAAGACGAUCAAGAUGUACUGUCAGAGGAUGCAGGAGGAGAACAUCACACGAGCCAUCAUCGUUGUCCAGAUGGGCAUGACGCCGUCAGCCAAACAGUCUCUCGUUGACAUGGCACCCAAAUACAUAUUGGAACAGUUCCUCCAGCAGGAGCUGCUCAUUAACAUCACAGAGCACGAGCUUGUUCCAGAACACAUCGUUAUGACGAAAGAGGAAGUGGUGGAACUUCUGGGACGAUACAAAUUAAAGGAGAGUCAGUUGCCGAGGAUUCAGGCUGGUGACCCUGUGGCUCGAUACUUUGGCUUGAAAAGAGGACAGGUGGUGAAGAUCAUCAGACCCAGUGAAACCGCUGGGAGGUACAUCACAUACAGACUGGUGCAGUGACAGACAGAUUACUUCAUUGAAGGUCCAGUGACAAUUAUAAUUUGACAUCAGUCUGCUUUGGAGUUCUUUAAAUAGUUUUUAUUUGUAAUGAUUUUGUAAAAUAAACUAUUAAAAAUG